AUGUCUCCAACCGCGACAACAUCAACAACGCCCUACCAUCAGAGAGCAAAAACCCUUUCUCGAGCUUCAGCCAGAAAAGCAGGAUUAGGCGCCGUCGGCACAACAUCCACGCCCAAUCUGAACUCGCUCUUCUCCGCCCAGAACAACAACAGGCUAGCUUCCGCCGCAGGAGGCUCUCUUGCGCGCAAAGCUUCUUACGCAGCGCUGACCCCGGGAUCCCUGGCCGCCAUACCUGAUGACGAGAACUACCCCUUCGACACCAUCCUGAACCACGACGAGAGUGUGAGCCCGCGCAAGAUGCCCCUCACCCCCGGCCGGCCCGUCCCUGCCGACGACUUCGACAUCGGCGACGCUGUCGAUGUUCCUGGCAACAUGUACGGCACCGUCCGUUUUGUUGGUUCCGUGGCUGGGAGGAAAGGCACCUUCGCCGGAGUCGAGCUGGAUGCCGAUUUCGCGGAGCGCGGCAAGAACAAUGGAGAUGUCGACGGGAUAUCCUAUUUUACCACGUCGCAACCCGGCGCCGGUAUCUUUGUGCCUGUCACCAAGCUCUUCAAACACAGUUCCGGCACGUUAUCCGGCCGGUCCUACCCUUUGACACCCAGCGCACUCAAAGCUGCAAAUCACAACACCGUCAACUACACGCCUCCAACACCAUCUUUGCCAAAGUUCAGUCGAUCUGUAGGCCCCGGAAGAGCCGCAAGCCCGUCCGGCAAGUCAUCUAGAGCUUCUCUGCCGCGGCCUGAAUCGCCCGUGCGGAGGCUUCAGCUCACUCCAGCGCCUCCUCGUGCUUCGACGACAACACCAGGUCCAGCCACUGGGCCCCCGCGAUAUGGCACUCCCUCCAUCGGCAAGUUCUCGGCCAGUGUCCGCGGUACCGCCGGCGACCCCGCAAAGCCUCCCUCCAGGCUCGAACGCAAGCCCAGUAUAGUACCACGCAGCGCAUCCGCUCUCGGCCAGAUUGGGAACCCCAACUUCGAUGAAGACGAAAUCACACCGCUGAACCGACCCAAGACGAAUGGAAGCAUUGGGUCUAUGAGCAGUAUGAAGAUGCGCCCUGCCUCUCGAGCUGCCGCGGCAGAUGAGGAAGAGCUGGAACGACUUCGAAACCAACUCGCCGACCGAGACAUGCAGCUUAAAGAUCAGGCAUCUGCACUGGCUGAAAUGGAGAGCAGCGUCCAGGAACUCACGUCGUUAAUGGAGAAUACAGAUGUCAGUCAGUUGGGGCGGGAUAGUCAUGAUGACAAGGACACAUCGCAGCUCCGAGCUCUGCUGAGAGAGAAGAACGACAAGAUCGCCAUGCUUACGGCAGAGUUCGACGCGCAUCGAGCUGACUUCCGCAGUACAAUCGAUACAUUGGAGAUGGCCAGUACUGAGACACAGCGAGUAUAUGAUGCACGUAUCCAAGAAAUGCAACAGGAGAUUAACGAACUCCAAGACCGAAAUGAGGAUGUCGACAGCGUUGCUCGGCAACUCAAACAACUUGAAGAGCUUGUUCAAGAGCUCGAGGAAGGCCUUGAAGAUGCUCGAAGAGGCGAGGCCGAAGCACGUGGUGAAGUCGAGUUUCUCCGCGGGGAGGUCGAAAGGACGAGGGCCGAACUGCGAAAGGAGCGGGAAAAGGCAUCUGCUGUUGCUAAUGGCAGCCCCAAUGGAGAUGCCUCAUCUUCAACGAAAGAGCUGGAGAAGAAGGACGAUGAGAUUAGAGGUCUCAAAGCUAUCAUCCACUCUCUCAGCCGAGAUGGUAUCGCUGGAAACGAAUCGCCCGACAAGCCCCCAACGCUGCAGCGCAAUAAUUCCGCCACCAAGUCCAGGCCAGCUUCCGAUAUCGAACGCGAAGUCAAUGACCUCCGCACCCUUGUCGCCAACAAGAACUCUCGUGAGGAGGAGCUUGAGCGCGAACUCGAGGUACUGCGCCGCAACAGCGCUACAACUCACCGUGGCAGCGCCAUGACAGUGGGCAGCACCGACCGAAACUCGUACCGCGACUCAAAAGGUACCGUCAUCUUGGCCCGCGAGCCACAAUCGCCCAAGCACAAGCGCGUACCUACAAUGGACACCAUGGUCGAAAGCGAUACAUACUCCUCCGUCACCGAGAGUAGUACUCUCUGGUGUGAGAUAUGCGAGACCGGUGGUCAUGACGUGCUGACCUGUUCGCAAAUGUUUGGUGCCGACCACAAGCAGGGCAGUCCCAUGGCCGUACGGACUGGAAAAGAUGACGUGAAAGAAGGCUUAUCCAAUCUCAAUGUGCCCGGUGCCGAUGCCGAGUUCAUGCCUCGGCCUCUGACGCCAGUAAAAUCCACGCCAGCUGCAAACCCGCCGCCGGCCAAAGUCAAUAUAUUGCCAAACCCAACAGAUUCAGGGCCACUAGCCGGUAAAGAUAGCGGUGUUGUCGAUCCAGAGAAGUGGUGUGCACUUUGCGAGAGGGAUGGACAUGACAGUAUCGACUGUCCGCUAGAAGAUGCUUUCUAA